AUUGCUUAGCUAGCUAGUUGUCAUUUGGAACAGGGUCUUUUUGUUUUUUUAAGUAAUACUAAUUUUAUAUAACAAUAAUAAAAAAUAAAUUAAGAAACGUGUAAAUAAAAUUCGCAAUUCUCUGUAUUCUGUAAAUACUGUUUUUAAUAAAAUUUAAAUAAGUAAAGAAAUCUAUUUUCAUAAUUACUAAGCAACUCAUGGCCUCAACGAACAUAAAUUUUAACAAUACCUGUCCGUCAGCCAACGCUAAACAUUUUCAAUUAUCUGCUAAUCAAAAAUUGCAAAAACAACCACAAAAUGUUUAUAAUUUAUCAAAAAUAACUACAAUCUUUUUUGACUUGGAUAAUACUUUAACCCCCACAAGAUCGGGUGAUUCCAAAGCAUGCCGUAAGGUCGCAGACCGUCUUGAAAUCCAAUACGGUUUUACAAAAGAUGAAGCAAAUUAUGCCACACAAAACUUUUUAAAAUCAUUCAGACGCUGCCCAGAUAACGCGCAAACAUCUUUAGAUACUUGGCGCAUACACUUAUGGCGCGAAUCCUUGCCUCCUAAGUACAAACAAUUGGCCGAAUCCAUCUAUCCAUUAUGGCUAGAAAUGCGUUAUUGCUAUUUAGCCAUACCGGACGAUUACAUUAAAAUGUUAAAACGUUUUCGUCAGGCCAACUAUCAAUUGGCCUUAAUAACAAAUGGUCCCUCCAAUGCACAAUGGGAAAAAAUACGAAAAUUACAUGUCCAACCCUAUUUUGACUGUGUAUUAGUGUCAGCGGAUUUGCCGUGGGAAAAGCCUGAUCCAAACAUAUUUUAUGCAGCUUGUAAAUAUCUAAAUGUUCAACCGCAACAGUGCACUAUGAUUGGUGAUAAACUAGAAAGUGAUAUAAAAGGUGGCAAUAUAGCUGGUCUAGCUGCUACAUUUUGGUUACCACUUACACCGGAUGCCAUACAAGAUUUAAAUAAUGAUGGUGAUGUUGAUCGUAAACCCACGCAUAUACUCAGGAAUCUUUUAGAUUUAUAUAAAUAUUUUAAUAUUAAAAUACAGCAUCAAAUAAAUGAACAAGUACCUGUGUAUAAUAGCCAAAGUAACAAAUAUCGUCGUGCAGGCUCCUUGCCAACAAUUGAUUAUUUAAUAAAUAGUGAAACUGAUAAUAGUUCAGAAAAUAGUUCUGAUAGUAUAAAUUAAAUUACUGGUACCUUUUUUAAUCCACUACACGACACUAAAUUCAAAGUCACAAUUUUGCUGACUUUUGUAACAAAUCGUAAAUGAAUGUACAAGAUUUUUUACUUCUUUUUUUUUAACUAAGUCUAACAAUACAUGGUACCCAACCAACCACUAUUAAACAACAAUACUGCGUUUUAUUUUAAGUCAUUUUUAACUAUUUAUAUAAACUAUAGUAUAAGCUUGUGUGUUUCUUAAAGCAAUAUGCUUUAUGCACUUUUUUUUAAUAUACUUUUUGGUAUAUACGUAUUAAUAAUUAUUUCCUAUUAGGAAUUUGGCGUUCUUUUACGAAUUUAAAUAUUUAAUUUAGCUGAAAGCAUACUAAGCUAUAUAUACCAUUAAGUAUCAUUAUUAUUUGAAUUGGCAUUACACAUAUUUUUAUCUUAUUGCUCAUUAAUAGGAAAUUAAAAUAAAUUUUCCGAAAUCUUUAAAAUAAAUUUUCAGUCCGAGUUUUCGGGCUGUGAAAUAGAUAAUCUAAAGCAUUUUAACUGAACUAAAUUCUUAAGCAGCUAUACAAAAUUAUACGCUUUUAUAAUAAGCAAUCUUGACAGUAUUUUUGUUUCUACUUGAUUACUUAAAAUUUUGUACUAUAUGUAGGUAUAUUAUUUCAUCAACAAAUAAAAGUUAUUUUUUCAGCUGUAUUGAAUGGCUGAAUUUUAAAAUCUACCUUUAAUCCACAAACCAAAAACUGGCUUUUAGUUAAAAAAAUACACAAUUUUAUAUGUAAAUGGAUUUAAUAAAUAAAAUUGAAAUAAAUGCAAACAAAAAA